AUGACUAAACUAGCCACGUUUGUACAAGCAGUGGAGAUGACAAAGGUGGCGGAAGAGAACAACGCUAGAGAAGGUAGUGAUAGAAGAGAGGCGAAGAGAAGAUGGGAAGGAUCGAGCAAGUUCCACAAGAAAUCCAAAUGGAUUCCGACUUCGACAAAAACCCGAAGUGAGGAACUCACUAUUCCUCUAUGUAGCAAAUGCAACAAGAGGCACAAGGGAGAGUGCAGGGCGGGGAGCCUGACGUGCUACCGGUGUGACAAACCGGGGCAUACCGCACGGGAAUGCCCGGAAGGAAGGACAUGUUAUGAAUGUGGAGCUACGGGACAUUUGCGCCCUGACUGUCCAAAACGUCGCAAUAGUGCGACACCCCACGGGAAGACGGGGAAUAACGGAUUUGGAAGAAGACCGGAAGGUAGGAAGGAGCUACCUAAGGGACACGGCCGAGCUUACAUCAUGACUUUGGAGGAGGCCAAGGAAACACCGGACGUCGUAUCUGGUAUGUUCCCUAUCAACAAUGUGUAUGCACAUGUGUUAUUUGAUUCGGGUGCGAAUGGUAGUUUUGUGUCUACUGCUUUCUGCCACUAUCUGGAUAAGAGUGCCUGUAGGUUAGACAAAACCUACACUGUAGAAACAGCCAACGGUAGUCAGUGUAAGGUAGACGAAGUAUUUGAUGAAUGCACGAUCGUUAUAGAUGGAAAGGAUUUCCCUGUAAAGCUUAUGCCAAUGAGCCUAGGAGGUUUUGAUGUAGUCUUGGGGAUGGAUUGA